AUGAGCUACGCGCUGGAGUCGCUGGGCGCGCCGGCCGCCUACCGGCGGGUCACCGAGACCCGCGCCAGCUACAGCCGCACGAGCGGCGGCUCGCCGUCCAGCGGCUUCCGCUCCCAGUCUUGGUCCCGCGGCUCAGCCGGCGGCAGCCUGAGCAGCUCGGCGAUGUCCGUCUCCUACAAGCGCGCCGUGCCCCGCAGCGCCUACGGCGCCCUGGGCUCGGCGCUGCUCAGCUCGGCCGAGAGCAGCCUGGACUUCAGCCAGUCGUCGUCGCUGCUGAACGGGACGGCCGCGGGCCCCGGCGGCGUGGGCGUCGACUUCAAGCUGGUGCGCGCCAACGAGAAGGAGCAGCUGCAGGGCCUCAACGACCGCUUUGCGGGCUACAUCGAGAAGGUGCACUCGCUGGAGCAGCAGAACCAGGAGAUCGAGGCCGAGAUCCAGGCUCUGCGCCAGAAGCAGGCGUCCCACGCGCAGCUCGGCGACGUCUACGAGCAGGAGCUGCGCGAGCUUCGCGCCGGCCUGGAGCAGGUGAACCACGAGAAGGCGCAGGUGCAGCUCGAGUCGGAGCACCUGGAAGAGGACAUCCACCGCCUCAAGGAGCGCUUCGACGAGGAGGCGCGGCUGCGCGACGACACGGAGGCUGCGGUGCGCGCGCUGCGCAAGGACAUCGAGGAGGCGUCCCUGGUCAAGGUGGAGCUGGACAAGAAGGUGCAGUCGCUGCAGGACGAGGUAGCCUUCCUGCGCAGCAACCAUGAGGAAGAGGUGGCCGACCUGCUGGCGCAGAUCCAGGCGUCGCACAUCACGGUGGAGCGCAAGGACUACCUGAAGACGGACAUCACGUCGGCGCUCAAGGAGAUCCGCUCCCAGCUCGAGUGCCACUCGGACCAGAACAUGCACCAGGCCGAGGAGUGGUUCAAGUGCCGCUACGCCAAGCUCACCGAGGCGGCCGAACAGAACAAGGAGGCUAUCCGCUCCGCUAAGGAAGAAAUCGCCGAGUACCGGCGCCAGCUGCAGUCCAAGAGCAUCGAGCUCGAGUCCGUGCGCGGCACCAAGGAGUCCCUGGAGAGGCAGCUCAGCGACAUCGAGGAGCGCCACAAUCACGACCUGAGCAGCUACCAGGACACAAUUCACCAGUUGGAAAAUGAGCUCCGGGGAACAAAGUGGGAGAUGGCACGUCACUUGCGGGAAUACCAGGAUCUCCUCAAUGUCAAGAUGGCCCUGGAUAUUGAGAUUGCAGCAUACAGAAAAUUGCUAGAAGGCGAGGAGACCAGGUUCAGUACAUUUGCUGGCAGCAUCACUGGUCCUCUGUACACACACAGACAGCCUUCUGUCACAAUAUCCAGUAAGAUACAGAAAACAAAAGUAGAGGCCCCCAAGCUGAAGGUUCAGCACAAGUUUGUAGAAGAGAUCAUAGAAGAGACCAAGGUGGAGGAUGAGAAGUCAGAGAUGGAAGAUGCCCUGGCAGCCAUUGAGGCAGAAUUGGCUUCCAGCGCCAUGAAGGAGGAAGAAGGGGAGGCAGCUGGAGAGGAAGAAGUUGUUGCCGCCCAAAAAGCAGUGGUGGAAGCUGCUGCCCCAGAAGCUGAGGAAGGUGAGGAAGAAGGUGAGAAAAAAGGAGAAGAGGAGGAGGAGGAAGAAGAUGAGGGUGCUAAAUCAGACCAGGCAGAGGAAGGAGGGUCUGAAAAGGAAGGAUCCAGCGAAAAAGAGGAGGGUGAAGAAGAAGAAGGAGAAACUCAAGCUGAGGGUGAAGAACUGGAGGCUAAGGAGGAAAAAACAGAAGUGAAGACUGAGGAAAAAGUGGUCAUAAAGGAGCUUGUUGUAGAAUCCACAUUGGUGAAGACUGAGAAAGCCAAGUCGCCUGCGGCUCUGUCUCCCCCGGCAAAGUCACCGACAGCCAAGUCGCCUGCGGCCCUGUCUCCCCCAGCAAAGUCACCGACAGCAAAGUCACCUGCGGCCGCGUCUCCCCCGGCAAAGUCACCGACAGCAAAGUCACCUGCGGCUGUGUCUCCCCCGGCAAAAUCCCCCACCACCAAGUCGCCUGCGGCUGUGUCUCCCCCAGCAAAAUCCCCCACCGCCAAGUCGCCCGAGGCUCUGUCUCCCCCAGCAAAGUCUCCUGCGGCUCUGUCCCCUACAGCCAAAUCUCCCGUGCCAAAAUCACCAAUGCCAAAAUCUCCUGUGGAGGAGGUGAAAGCUAAAGCCGAUGAAGAUGAGAAGGAAGAAGCUGAGGGAGGGAAGGAAUCUCCCAAAGAAGAGAAAAAGGAAGAAAGUGCAAAAGAGGUCCCUGCAAAGAAGAAAGCUGACUCCCCCGUAAAAGAAACAGUCGUGGAGGAGGUGGACACUGUCACCAAAUCCACUGAGGUUGGUUCUGAGAAAGAGGCUGAGGGAGGGAUCGAGGAAGGAAGUGAGCAGGGUUCAAAGGGGUCUACAAAGGAAGACAUUGCAAUCAAUGGGGAGGUAGAAGGCAAAGAGGAGGAGGAGCAGGAAACCAAAGAAAAAGGUAGUGGAAGAGAAGAGGAGAAAGGGGUGGUCACCAAUGGGCUUGACUUGAGCCCAGCAGAGGAAAAGAAAGGAGACAAGGGUGAAGAGAAAGUCGUGGUGACCAAAAAGAUAGAAAAAAUCACCAGUGAGGGUGGGGAUGGGGCGACCAAAUAUAUCACCAAAUCUGUCACCGUGACCCAAAAGGUGGAGGAGCAUGAAGAAACCUUCGAGGAGAAACUAGUGUCCACAAAAAAGGUAGAGAAGGUCACUUCUCAUGCUAUCGUCAAAGAAGUCACCCAGAGCGAUUAGGGAGGCUGGAGUCAGAUGCAAAAGGUUAAGCCAUAUGACAACUUCAAAAUGCAUGUGAUUGACGGCUUCAAAGCAGAACCGGUUCUCCCAUGAGGGCUCUAGACACUGUAUUUUACUUUGUGCAACAUAAGGGACCUGCAUGCAAGCUCAGGGUGUGUUCCCUUCACAGGCUUUGGGGGAUUAACAAUGCAUGAUCUGUAAUGUACCUAGGAAGUUUUUCUUUUUCCCAUUUCCUAAGCUGUUGGAAGGGGGGGGACACUCUGGAGGGGUGUAUUGAGAUGUAUUAUGCAAAGAUUUAACUGAGCCAAAAAUCAUAUUAAUACUAAUAAUAAUGAUCAUGAUAAUAAUAAUAAUAAUAAUAAUGAAACAGAACUCUUAGCCUUAAGAAAGCUAUUUAUGAAUAAUUAUGUUUACCUCACUGGUGCAAUUAAGAUGGGCAUUCCUUCAUGGGAGAACCUCUGACAUGCACAGUUUGCAACCUUUUGUGGAUUGAUGUAAAAUGUCUCAGCAGUUCUUGCUCAAUAAAGGUCAUAUUGGAAACAUG